AAGCGGGUUGAGGGAGUGGAGACGAGGCUGGGACGUGCUAGACCCCACUCCCCCUCCACAUGUUUAGUACAGAAAUUCAGUAACACUUCAGUCACUGAAAAUUCAACGAGCAUUGACGACAGAUUGCUGGUUAACUCCGAGCCAGGGGAGAGUAGUUUACUUGUUGGCAAAUACUUGACAGAGAUUAUUCCAAGGCUUAGCUCUCACAAGAUGCUUAAACUGAACAUGCUAACAAGUCCCAGCUUGCAGACUCUGUUCUUAGCAACAAGAAAAGGUUUUCGAAGAAACAUCCUUCCCUUGACGCAAAAAGUUCUGUCACUGUUACCUGGAAACAUGAACAUCUAUAUCUUAAGGUACCUAUCAGGGACAACCAACAAGCCUUUACACCCUGCUGGAGGCAACCAUUAUAACAGUGUUUACAUGUGCACAGAUUCUUCAGUUUCCAAUGCUCCACCAGUUAAAGUAAAACGGGGCAAGUCUCAUGAAACUGUGAAAGAACUUCUUGAUUUCUUUGAGACUUCAAAACAUUUAUCAAACACGACUGAUCUUGUUAAUAUUCUGUACAAGAUUGCAAGGGAUGUAUGGCAUGAUGAGAAACAAAGGAAGGAGCUACAGAAGCUAAGAGGAGCCUCCCUACUAGGAUGCAAUGUGUUUAGGGAUCUGUUGAACCACCUCGAUGAUAGUAUUGCAACCUCAGACUUAGAUGAGAAGCUUGUUGCCAAAAUUAUCUGGUCCCUUGACAAAAUAGGUGAAACUAAUCAUUGUCUCUACAAAAAGUUUGAGAAAGGAAAGAUUGUUCUUUUCAAAUAACAUCGUAGAAAAUUCCUGAGUUGUAAACAAGUGUACUAGAAGGCGGGCUAAGAGAUAAUUUUAUAGAACUAACCUACAUGACCAAAUGAUGUGCGUAGUAUUGUGUGAUGAUGUUAACCCUCAAGAGCAUAAGCACUGUAAAAGUCUUUGUAAGCAACUGAUUUUUAAUAGAUAACCAAAAAAUGAAUGAUUUUGUAGGAUUUCUUUUUUUGUGUCUGAGUUUCAAAUUAAAAAGAAAUAAAAUUUUCUUUCAAGUGAUAUGACCAUUCAUGUCAUCACUGCAUUGA